AUGGAAAUGGGCAUUCUUCAUGUGGGACCACCCAAUCAACAGACGCACGGCCUGUACAGCCUAGCGUCGAAGCAGGAGACCACUGCAACCGAAAUCCACACAGAUGCAGCAGCGUCCAAAGUCACACCAGAUCCUCGUCACAGUCCCUCUCCCACAACUGAACAACAAAAUCCUAUCCCUGAACCAGAAUCCUUGCCCACGUCGCUACGACAGAAGAAUAUCCUUUCCAAGUAUCGCAAGGUCUUCAAGGGACUUGGUCGCGUCAAAGGGGUUGAAGUCGAAAUACGUAUGAAAAAAGGUACCACCCCUGUUGUGCACCCCCCUUCACGCGUGGCAGUUCACUUACGAGAGGCGCUGAAUAAAGAGCUCGACAUCCAAGAGUCACUUGGCAUCAUUGAGCAAGUAGAAGGCCCAACACCUUGGGUGCCACGUAUCGUGGUCGUCCCGAAGUCUACGCCAGGCGAGGUUCGGAUCACACAGGACUGGCGCGACGUCAACGCACACGUCGAACGAGAGAUCCAGCCCAUACCCACAUUUGAAGAAGCCACAGACGAAAUGGGCGGUUCUACCAUCUGGUCAAAGCUGGACAUGUUCAAGAAUCCCACCAAAUUGCAUUGCAUCCAAACUCCAGAAAGUACGCUAUCUUUUCCACACCAAGGGGUCUCCGCAGAUGUACCACUCUGGUAA